AUGUUCAGAUGCCAGAAAAAGUUCAGUAACGGCAGCAUCUGUAAUGGAAACCUGGCAGCAGGAUUCAAGUACUGUCCCACCUGUGGCACACGUGUGCCAGAAAGCAGGCAGGGAUCUGACAAAUUCGAGGAGGAGAGUAUACCCUACGAAGCAGACAAGUCCGUUCCAGAGACCCUGAAGACAGAAAUGAAAAAACAGGAAGAUCCUGGUGGUGGCAAAGACAGUGAGACGCUAUCAAAAGCGAACAUUGAUUGCACAACCCAGACAGUUAAAAAAGCAUCAAAAAGUUUCACCGAAAAGAAAGAUAUGCAAGAUGGAAUGGUUAAUACGGAAAAUGUAACAACAAAAGAAGAAAUCACUGCAGAUAUCUCUCAAAAUAUGAGAGAUGAUUCAAAGACAGAGAAAGACCCCAAAAAAGAAUUGAAAGUAGUUCUGUACAUUGACAAAAAUGGCAAUGAAUCAAUGCAGGAGAUACGACAACAUACAGAGACUGAGAAAAAAGAUCAAAAUGAAAGACCAAAAGGACAAAACCUUAUAAAAGAAUCUGAACUCAUGACAGACAUUGGUCAGAAAAAAUCGACAGAACAAAGUGAGCCCCUAGAUAUUCCAAUCCAAGAUAGUGACUUUGAAUGCUCUAAAGAUGAGGAAAAAGUAAAAGAAUCUCAAGAAACAAGAGAGAGAGGGAAUAGAGGAUCAACUAUUGAAGAGGAAUCUGCAGCUACCAACAUUUUGAAUUCAAUGUCAUCAGGAAAAGGAGCUGAAGAUGACGAGAAAGGGAAAAUUACUGAAAAGAAAGACGGUGAAAACAACCGAGAUGGUAAGCAAAGAAACACACUGUCUGGGGGUACCAGUGACCUGUCAAACCAGGAAAAAGUAAAGGCAGAUAAAGUCAACAAAAGCAUCACUGGAAAAGAAGGAAAUGAAAACCUCACUGGAAAAGAAGGAAAAGAAAACAUCACUGGAAAAGAAGGAAAAGAAAACAUCAUUGGAAAAGAAGGAAAUGAAAACCUCACUGGAAAAGAAGGAAAAGAAAACAUCACUGGAAAAGAAGGAAAAGAAAAAAUCACUGGAAAAGAAGGAAAAGAAAAUGGCCAAGUUCCGAAGCAGCCAGAAAACACAGAAAAACCCGUGAAAACAGAGAAAGAAUCCGAAAACCAACAAAGAAGAUGCGGAGGCAGUCAAAGUACUGGACAAAAUGAAAAGUGUCAACCAGAAAUGGCUAAAAAGAAGGUGGUAAAGGUGAUAUUCCAUGCGUUCUUGGCACCAAACGUGACAAUGAAUCUUCAAAAGGACAAGAUCUUUGUUGUAUUUGGUCCUCCUUGUGGUGACUGGGAGACAAAAAAGGGAGAAGUUUUAAAAACGACAGAAUUCCAAGUGAAAAAUCAUCCCAUACGUCUUAAGGCAACAGCAAUGAUAGAAAAAGAUUUAUUGAAAGAACCAUUGAGAUACGCAUACAAGUUGCAACACCAAGAAAAAAAUGUCCAGGAAAUCGUUACAGAAUCAGAAUUUUACCUUAACAGUUAUGAACCUUAUAAACGCAAAUAUCGUCUGCUGGACAUUCCAUUGGAUGCUGUAGGCGAAUGGAAUCAAUAUGACGGGUGCAUUUAUGCCGCUAAAAGGGGGAUAUUAUUCAGUAUCAGAGAAAUGGUUACUGGAAAUUUUCAGGAUGUAAUGCUGAACGACGGCAAAUAUAUUCUGCACAGAUAUUUGCAAAAUGUUACCGAGUGUCUUAAAGCAGGAAAGCAGCUGAAUGAAUUGCAAAAUAUAUUCAGAAGUGUAAAUCAUGGUGGAAUAAAAGAUCAAUUUUUGAAAAAUCCCAAAACGCCGGACGUUAGUCUUUUCAAACAGGAAUUAUGGGAUCACCUUAAAAUUGUUACCGAGGUACUAGAGGAUACAAAAGGAAAAGAUAUGGGUCUGGCACUCUUAACUUCUAUUAUGAUCAUAGACCUCAUAAAAGAUUUGGAUAUUCCUUUUGAAAUAAUUGAUGAUCUCCAUGUUAAAUCCCUACAAAAGUGUUUAGUGCUGAGACCAGAUACUGACCACCAAGCUUGUGAGCAGCUGGAAUACCUUGAGAAACAUUUGCCAAAUGACUCGAGACAGAAAGCCAAAUCGUCCAUCGUGACGUUUUUGAAAAGAACAAUGUUUUUGCGAAGUCAUGUUGACCCGACCUGGUUAGCUUGCAUGCCAUUAGUUCACUUCCUAGAGGGCAACUUGCAGCCAUUCGUUCCAUUGGAUCUACGCCAGUUUGAAAUAACUGAAACAAAGCAUGACGAAUGGUGGUGCUUUUCAGAAUUUGAUAAGGAAAAAAACGAAAUGAAACGGAAUCGUUGGACAAUAUCUUGUGAAGAGUUUGUCAAAAUGCAUAGACCUUUAUUCCAAUUGGACUCCACCUUACAGAAGACUUUCAUGUCUGCACUAGACAUAGCCCAAGUUCCCGAAGUCAUACCAAUUUCUCAGAUUCAGCUUGAAAUCAAAUUGGCAACUAUUGAACAUUACUUCGAAAAUUCCUCUGAAGUACAUACUCGUGACCUUCAGGAGGGUAUGAACAAAGUGUAUGCGAUAUUAGUGAAGAAAUUGACCUGUCUUCCAAAGGAUACACCGCAGAGAACAUGGUCUGAAAUUGACGUAAAACAUAAAAUACAUAACAAUCAGCUGACUGCUAUUUUGAAUCACGUACUACAAAGAUUGCGAAACGAUUGGAAACUCGUUUUGACCUGCUUCCAUUGUUCACUACUGUCCUUAGCCAUUUUAGACAAAAUUACUGCAGUGUGUGAAGAUCUGGAAUCUUUACCAAUUCUGAUAGCUACUUUGCUCAAUGAGUUUUGUGGAAGUCGAGAUGUAGAUCUUCAGAUGGGAGAUUAUGCUUUGUCAAUAAGAGCACAUUUUCCUUUUGACCAUCUUCCAGGAAAUUUUGAGAGAACCAUCUUGUCAGCCGUAGAAAAAUAUUUGAACCUUUGCAAUACUCAGGAAGUGGUUGAUAUGUACGUUAGCGGCAUGCUUGGAAUCCAGUCACAUGUCUUGCAAUCACUAGUGGAGCGAAAAACAUUUUCAUCUUUGGAAGAGAUUGCGAAGGACAGGAAUUUAUGUGGUAUACUUCAAUAUCCAGAAGACAUAUUAAGAAACAACUUCUACAUUUCAAAUCUACUAUCACAAUUUUUCCAAAGAGUGUGGACGCUCGAGUUAAAUGCCUCACCAACUGCCUACUUAGAACAGAUUUUAACCUGCAAUUGUUACCCGCAGUAUGUUGAGAGCUACUAUCAAAAAGGAUUACUUCUCAAUUAUAUGGAUGGCGAAUCAGUAAGGAAACUUGAAAGAUCACUAGAUAUUUUACAAGACUUCAUUACGGCUAUAGAGAACAACUCUAUUAUGAUUCAGGACCUGUUGGUUGGACUAAAACAUUUAGAAAAUCUAAGGAAUAUUGCAGAAAAAUUAGAAACAAUCCCAGACUUUGAUUUACCAUUAACCCCAGAUUCUUUGUCCAUACUCCUCGAAUGCCGGGGAAAAGACAUAAAAACCCUAAACGACGAAAUAAAAAUUGUUGAGGGUUUAAAGAUGAUUUUAAAGUGGUUACGAAAUUAUAAAUCAGGGUUACCAAAUGGUUACGAAACAGUUCUUCAAAACUGGAAAAAGAUGAAAUUAGAAGAUAUAUGCGUUAUUCCAAAACAGAUGUCAGAUUUUGCAAUGUAUACCCCAAGGUUGAAAGUAUUUACCGAAAUCCUGGAAGAACCUGUAAAAUCUUUCGUAAAAUGCAUUUCAUUUUACAAACAAAGCAAAACAUUUCAAACUGUUAUAAAAUCAGUAUCUAAACAGCAAUCGGGGGAGAUGAAGAAUUAUGACUUUUUUGAGCUAUUUGAGGAAGUUUUAAAUCCUGCAAAAGAUAUGUGGGAGGAAUACUGUACCAGCCUGGAAAAUGGAACAAUAACCAUCAGGGACAUCGAGACAUUACAGCUGCACAAAGUAGAUGAUAGCAGUCUGCAGAAAGAAUUUACAGCAAUGAACAGAGGUUCAAAAAAACCUUGGAUAAAAAAUCGCAUAGACGAAUUCCGACGAUAUAAGUGCUUCUCACGAUCUGUUGAGACUGCAGGAUUGCUGAAAGAAAUACAAAGCACGAACAAUAUUGAGGGGAAUUUUGACUCCGUGGAAUUAAUUGAACGAUCUGACAGGGACAAAGCUAUAUCCCUAAAAGAGAUGGCUAGUAAGAUUCAGUCUUUCAAUCAAAAGUUAGAAAAAGUUGAUGAAAAGAAAAGGGAAUGCCUGAAGUCCUUCUGCAGAUCACAUGCUCUAGUAAAAUGGCUUCGAAAUUCAUUAAAAGGUGGAGUAAAAGAUUUGAAAAUAUACGCAGACUUGGCUUUUAUGUCUGUGGAAGAAGAUGACCUUAUUGCACACAUAACCGACUUGCAUACAGCAGCAAUUGGAUAUGCACCCUUGAUUUUCUACACAGAAAACAUACAAGGAGAAGAUGCUUUGAUUCAAAGAUGCGAAGAAGUUUGGACUAGUCUGGAAAAGGACGAGGAUUUACCGCGAAAAUUGAUCGAAUCAAAUCGGUUACUACAAUGGUUUGUUGAAAUCAAAGAGGCCCAUGGCUCCGUUGAAGUGACGUCACUGAAACAGGUUGAUGCUAUAAAACAGCGUGGGAUUUUCAGAGUUGGAACUCGUGAAGGGAAACAUGACAUUCACCUGAGCUUACAGGAUGUUGUUUGUCUUUGCGUACCUAGAGCUGUCCAAACAGACCAUUUUCAGGAAACAUUAGUUAAAGAUCUUGCCUCGACAUGUGAAGAGAGUCCUGAAGAUUUGGAAGAAACUGUAUGCUUUCAAUCAAAGGACAUGGAAACCAAACGUGCAGAUCCCAUCACAGAAGGUCGAGAAUACUCCUAUAGUGAUAUGAUGGAUUUGCAGAGUCGUCUCAUGCUGGUCUCUGGAAAAACUGAUGCCGGCAGGGAAAAUAUAGAAAAAUUUACAGCUAUUUUUGACAACAUAACAAGACUUGGAAGAAUUUUUAUCAAACUUUACUCAUCAGGAUGCGUGUUAUUUAAACAAUGGUCAUUUGAGUUUCUCUGCAACAAAUCGGUUGAGAACUGUGCUUUUGUAAAGUUUGGUCAGCAGCAAGAGUCAACUUUAAAGGGAACUAAUACGAAAAGCAGAGAUGAACAUUUAUCACAAGAUGAUGUCGUAAAUGACUAUAUGCAAAAAAUAGCGGAUUUCUUGGAAGAUUGCUAUGAACAAUGGAUGGGGCAUGUUAGAGAAACUAGGGAUAGAUUUUAUCCGUUAAACUUCUUCACAGUUGCCCAAAUGAUCAUUUUACAGGAAGAAUUAGCAAUGUACAGACAUGGAAGUCAUGAUUCAAAGCAUUUGCUUGCCCUCCUUUCAUAUGUCAAGUCAGAUUGUUCACUGGAGGAUUUAGAGUUUGCAUUCAAGAGCUUGGACGAACAAUUGACAAAACAGCAGGACAAAGAUGUCAUCGGUGAAUCUUCAGCAUCCCAAGAAAACAGGGCAAUUCAAGAUUUUCUCAAAGCAGCCGUUGAUGCCGGCAUGUCAAAAAGAAGAGCAAUGCAAUGCAUACAGUCUAAUGCCUUUGACCCUCAAGAUAUUGAAAGUAGCCUUAUCUGGUGCUAUGAAGAGGAUGAGAAAGAGGAAGAAAACAUAGUUGAUACUGUGAAUGAUAUAUCUAAUCCAGAAUUCUCGAGGGACCCUAAUACUGUGUCACUUAAAGAUUUUGACAGACAAAUUGAGAAUCUUCUGAGACAAGAAGCUGUUGAAAGCAUUGAAAAGAGGUUAAGCGAAAUUUGGCGAAAAUAUUUGAAAUUUACGUCUCUGAGCAUGAACGACUUUUUGAGUGUGGAGCAUUUAGGGUUUAUACUGCAGCAUAUCUAUGACACAAACACUAAAGUGUGUAGUCGUCCAUUGCCAGCUCCACUGAAACCUGGAAAACCUAAUCUCAUUGUGUGUUCCCAGGGGGAAGUAUUACCAAUGCUAUUGACUCUGCUUAUGAAUGAUCAAACAUUGCCACUACCAGGUAGAAAUGAGGUCUUGCUGUGUACAGAAUUGACAACAACGGAAGAGGUAAUUAUGUUCUUUCGAAGAGCAUUGAGACAGGAAGAACACGACAAAAAUCGUCCCAUUUUCUGUCUGGUGAAUGCAGACUUAAUUCGAUACGAUGUCUGUGAGGAAUCACUGAGAGAAUUCAAGGAAGAAAUGAGAGCUGCAAGAACAGAGUACAGUCUUGUGGUCAUUUGCAGCAGUGAAAACGAGUACCAGUCACCAAUAAUCGCCGCCCUCGACAAAUUUCGUACACCAAAAAUGACAGUCUCUGCAGAGGAGAAAAUUCAACAUUAUUUGAGGAAUAAAUUUUGUACACGUGGAAAGGUUGAAAGCAAUGCUGCAUCUAUUGUUGAUGAAUCAGGAUUAUGCGUUCGUGUUGUGAAAUCAAACAGGGCUGGAUUGGGAAAAACACUCCACAAAAAUCGUCUGGUUGAGCAGUUGAGGAUACAUUAUCCAAGUGCCGAUGAGGAGGAAUUCCCACUUACGUAUUCAAUCCCUCUCAGCCAAAAGGAUCAUGAUUUUACUGAAGUAUCAAGAAAGUUCAUGGAUUACACACUGUCGCCUGACAUUAUCUAUCCCAGAAUUUUCCAUAUAGAUGUAGCCUCUGGGAUCGAUGAAGGAGUAGCAUCUUUACUAUUCAAUCUGAUAAUUUUGGGAUCUGUUGUCGAUGACAGAGGAUAUGCAUUUCAACGAUCAAUGACAGAUUUGUACUUGAUUGAAAUAACUGUCAGUGAUAAAAGUCACUAUUCACGACGAUCAGUUUCUGGUAUCCGACUGAUAGACCUGCUGCCUUGUGUGCGAUGCCUCUCCCCACAAGAAGAAUUGAAAGGCAUGAUGAGAGAAAUGGAGAAUGGUGACAUGGUGCUUGGAUUCGAUAACCAGAUGUUUCAGUCGGAGGUCUUUCAAAGACCUUUUCAAUAUCUUCAAAGCCUCGAGUCAAAUAAAAAGAUUAUACCAAUUUUCAACCGCUUUUCCCGAAUCGGAAAUAAGCGUGAAUGCUUACAAACUCUCUUACGACACUGCUGUGUGGAAGAUCCUUCGUGGUCUGAGCUGAGAAAUUUUGUCCACUUUUUGAAUACACAAUUAGGAGAUUUUGAAAAGUCGGUUUUUUGUGGCACUGAAAUGGCUGCUGAUUUACCGGGGUUUGCAAAAUUUGUUUUGCGAUUUUUAAUUCAGAUGUCAAAGGAUUUUUCAACAAGAUCACUGAUGAUGACUGAUGACGACGAAAAAAUUGAACCGAAAAUUUACCAAGGUGAAGUCGAGAACGAAAACGAAGAAACAAAUGAUGAGGAAGAUAUCAUUGACUUAUCACAGUUUCAAAUAAGACGUCGCUGGGAAUCGAGUGCUCAUCCAUAUUUGUUUUUCAACCCUGAUCAUCACACUAUGACGUUUCUUGGGUUCAAUAUCAGCAAGAUGAACAGAAAUCUAGUCGAUAACCAGACAGGUCAAAUUCUAGAAAGAAACAUAAUGACACCGCAUCUUUGGGAUGCCCUGAUCGGUAACCGUGUUCCACUUCAAGAGAAUUUUGAAGACCUAAAUAGGUAUGAAAAGCUAGAAAGACUCUGCAGGGUUAUCGGAAAUGAGUUUCCUCACGAUCCAGAUGAAACAUAUGAACUGACAACAGACAAUGUGAAAAAGAUGAUGGCAAUAUAUAUGCGAUUCAGAUGUAACAUUCCAGUCAUUGUUAUGGGUGAAACAGGAUGUGGAAAAACACGCUUAAUUAAGUUCCUUUGCGCUCUACAGUGCCCCCCAGGCGCUGAGAUUAAAACCAUGGCAGUGAUGAAGGUACAUGGCGGUACAACGAAGAAACACAUAGUUGAGAAAGUGAAAAAAGCUGAAGAAACAGCAAAAGAAAACUGCGAGUCCAAUGGGAGUCACAUAUUUACAGUUUUGUUCUUUGAUGAAGCGAACACUACCGAAGCCAUUGGCAGUAUCAAAGAAAUUAUGUGUGAUGGAACGAUUGACGGAAGACCAAUUAAUCUGAAUGAGAAUCUUAAACUUGUUGCUGCAUGCAAUCCUUACAGAAAACACCCAGAAGAGAUGAUUGCAAGGCUAGAAAAAGCGGGAUUAGGUUAUCAUGUCAACGUAGAGGAAACAACUGAUAGACUCGGUCGCAUACCAAUGAGACACCUUGUGUACAGAGUCCAGCCUCUUCCUCAAAGCAUGAUCCCAUUAGUAUGGGACUUUGGACAGUUAGAUUCUACUGUAGAAAGACUCUACAUUAUACAAAUGUUGAACCGAUAUAUGCAAAAUGGUACGAUUCCUAGAACAAAUGCAGGGAGCAAAAUAAUUCUUGCAGAUAUUUUAACGGCAUCUCAGGAUUACAUGCGGGAUUUACAGGAUGAGUGCAGUUUUGUGAGCCUUAGAGAUGUCGAAAGAACUUUGAAAGUAUUUGGCUGGUUUUAUAACCAAACGAAUCUUUUUGAAGAAAUGGAUCAAAUCAUUGACAAUUUUUCUGAUUCGGACACAGAAUCAUCAGAAGAUGAAGAGACAAGAGACGAUGCCAGGAUUAUAAGAUCAGUAAUACUUGCCCUUGGAGUGUGCUAUCACGCAUCUUUGAAGAAUCGGGAAGAGUACAGAAAUUACAUUGCUGGAUAUUUUAGACAUCCAUUGAAUCUUCAAAGGGGUGGAAGACAGAUAGAAAGAGAAAUAAAAAAAUGUCAAAGAAUAUUCCUCGAGAAAGUGAACUUGAAUGAAAACAUUGCUAAAAAUAUGGCACUCCGAGAGAAUUUUUUCAUGAUGGUUGUGUGCGUUGAACUUGGCAUACCUUUAUUUCUUGUUGGAAAGCCAGGAAGCUCAAAGUCUCUCUCAAAGUCUAUACUAGAUCAAAACAUGCAAGGAAGAGAAUCCCAUUCGGAUCUAUUCAAAAAUUUCAAACAGGUUCAAAUCAUCUCCUUCCAAUGUAGCCCUUUGGCAACUGCUGAAGGCAUCCUAAAGACAUUUCAACAAGCUAGUAAGCUGCAGGAGAACAAAGACCUACGCAGAUUUGCCUCUGUUGUCGUUCUAGAUGAAGUGGGUUUAGCAGAAGAUUCUCCGAGAAUGCCUCUCAAAGCACUUCAUCCGCUGUUGGAGGAUGGAUGUCCAGACGAUGAGGAGUAUCAAGAACACAAAAAAGUUGCAUUCAUUGGGAUAUCCAAUUGGGCCCUUGAUCCAGCCAAAAUGAACAGAGGGAUUUUAGUACAAAGGGAAGUUCCAGAUGAAGAGGAACUAAUUGCAAGUGCAAGAGGAAUUUGCUCUACAAACGAGGAAGUACGGGAAUUAUUGGAGGGUAUCAUUCCUAAAUUGGCAAAGGGUUAUCUCCAAGUUUUCCAGAAAACAAUAACUACCGGUGUAUUAUUUGGUACAACUUCCAGAGACCAUUUAAAAGCAAGGGAAUUUUUUGGAUUACGCGACUUUUACAGCUUAGUAAAAAUGAUGUUUGCCAUCGCUUCCCGGUCGAUGGAAAUUCCAACACCAAAGGACAUUGCAUAUGUUAUAAGAAGAAAUUUGGGAGGGCUACAAGGCCUCGAUCCAGUUGCGGAGUUUUCAGAAUGUGUUGAUGAGCUGCAAGAAUUUCAGAAUGAAGAUGAUGGUUUUGCAGCUGAUGUAGCUUUGGUACGAAAAUGUCUAGAACACGGAAAUGAGGACAGUGAGUCACGUUAUGUUCUGCUGCUGACGGAAAAUUACAGUGCCCUUACCUUGCUUCAGCAGUUACUUACAAACAAUGAAAAUACACAAAUAUUGUUUGGCUCUAGCUUUCCAAAGGACCAGGAGUACAUCGAGAUUUGUCGGAAUAUAAAUAGAAUCAAAGUCUUCAUGGAGACCGGGAAGACAGUGGUUCUGUUGAAUUUGGAAAAUCUUUAUGAAAGCUUGUAUGAUGCAUUAAAUCAGUAUUACAUGGAAAGUGGCUCCGAAAGGUUUAUUGACUUAGGACUUGGAACUCACAGAGUCAAGUGCAAGGUGGAUAGGAACUUUAGACUUAUAGUUGUGGCAGAGAAAAGAGUUGUGUAUAAGGAAUUCCCCAUACCACUGAUAAAUCGUUUGGAAAAACACUUUCUCACCAUGGAAGGACUUUUAACAAAUGCUCAAUUGCGACUUUCAAAAGAACUUUCUCUCUGGGUGGAAGAAUUUUCUGCAUGUUCCAGACAAAGUAUUGGUCCAGAGGAAGUAUUCAUCGGUUACAAUCAAGACACAUGCCCUGGAAUCAUUCUUCAAUCAUGGGAUCUUUGCGCAAAAAAACAUGCCAAUGAAGACGACGAUUUUAUGGAGGAGGUGCUCCAAACAGCAAAAUAUUUUUUGCUCUGGAGUUGUACGCCAGACGCUCUUUUCCGUCUUCAACUCAGUAGUCUGAGCAUGUUUAGAGAGGAAUAUAUUCACGUUUACUUUGAUCAACAAUGCCAUGAUAGUCUGUGUUCUUUUUUACAUCAUCGUAUUGAUGAAGAAACAUUCAAAGGCCAUUUCAUCCAGGUCACUACUCAUUCCAAGUUGCUCUCAAUGGAGGACAAACAGGACAUAGAAAACAAUAUUCCAAUGUUAAAAGGGAAAAUAGCUUUGCUGUCUUUGCAAGCUUUUGGAACAGAACAACAAUUUUCUCGACAAAUCAGAGAGAUUGCUCAUGAACAAUUUGAACUCCUCAUUAUUCAAUGUGACACGGGUGAUGAGAAUUCUAAUCUGGUGUCAUGUGCACGACAUUGUGUUCAAAGGGAAAUGAACAGCUCUCGAGAAACUUGCAUUAUAUUCCUUGUCCAUCUUUCUCGAGUGUGUAAAGUGUAUUUUACAGGUUUUCAGACUGGAUUAUGGAGUUCUGUCCACAUCGAUGACCUGCGUUUAUCAACAUUGCCGAGUGCACAAAAGCUAUUAGGAAUGACUCUUUCAGAAUUAUUAAAUGAAAGUCUUAAAAUACAUUCAGAUGGUGGAAAAAAGGAGUAUAAAGUAGACAUGCGGAAACUUUUUCUCGACUGUCUUCAUCCGGCAUUAGCAUCCAUCUCGGACAUGUCAGAAUCUGGUGAAACAUCUAUUGACAGAGUAAAAACCGUAUUUGCCUUACUGGAAAAAGAACAGGAUUUAACACAGGGACAAUUUGGAUAUGGCGUUAUGCAGCAUCUAGUGAAAAUAUUAUCUUUUGAGGAGGAAGACGUGUCUAUGUAUGAUCAUUCUACCUUAAUUCAAAGAGCUGCAACCAUAGGAAACAUAACCAAAUGUGGUACUUUAAGGGGUAUGGGGCCUACACUCGAUAAAAUCCAAGGUAGCUUUAACUGGGCACAGGGUAGCAAGUGGCUGGCUAUGGAUAAUAAAGGUGGUAUUCUUACCCACCUGGUCAGUUUUGGAGUGUGGUAUGGUUAA